GAGCGGGCGGCGGCCCGGCCGUGUCCUCGGGUGCUCCGGGAGGCGAAGAGGGCGCGCUACCCUCUCCCUGAGCCCCUCGAACGAGGCCUCAAACACUCCCCCCCUUCCCACCAGUGAGGUGGUCCCUGUUCUCCCAGCGCCAGGCAGCGCCCCUCAAGUUGGUGGUUUCCUCAGCGACGCCUGCGGGGAGCAGAGAGAGAGAGAGAAAGAGAGAGAGAGAGAGAGAGAGACAGAGGAAGGCGCUCGCGCUGUGGCUCGAAGAGGGAGCCCGAGGCGGGAGGGAGGGAAAGGCGGGGACAAGCAGACCUUGUGUCCUCCUCCUCCUCUUCCUCCUGAGCAGGGAGAGAACCCCGAAAGUCGAGCGCCCAAGCAAAGUCGUGAGGGGGCGCAGAGGAGGCGGAAGAGGGGUGCUUCUCCCUCUGGCGUCCCCCCUCCUUUCCCCUGUGAACCCCCACCCCGCCCUCCCCGCCCUCCCCGCAGCCCUGCUAAGCUCCUGAGGGGCGGCGGUGGCGGCGGCACAUUGAGAGACAGCGCCUGUCAUGCUUCUGAGCAGCAGUAGCAGCAAAAGCAUCAGGAGCCAGCUCCCUUCCUCCUCCUCCUCUUCCUCCUCCUCCUCCUUCUGUUGCCGUGCUGCAUUGGGAAUACGGGCUCUGCCGCUGAAUGGAGGCGCCGCGGAGGAGGCUCGGGCACAACGGGGAGGGAGGGGGCCGAGAGCGAGGGAGGAGGGAGGGAGGGGUCCGGGGAGAGGCGAGAGCAUAGUCUGACCCGGCUCCGAGGAGGAGGAGGAGGAGGAGGAGGAGGAGAGGCCGCUCCUCUUGUCUGAGGGGACGCGGCCACAGCACCGCGGAGGAAGGAGAGCGAGAGAGAGAGCGCGCGAGCCCAUCCUGGCAGGAGCAGGAGCCUUCCCCCCUUGCCUGCCUCCUCUUUCUCCCCCUCUUCCUUUCUCCCUGGAUGGCUCACGGAGGGGGCCAAACUUGGAAAGGCCGCCGAGGGGCGGUGUGGGGGGCUGCUGCUGCUUCUUCUGAGGCUGGUGGCGGAUAAAGAAGAGGAGGAGGAGGAGGAGGAGGAGGAAGGCGAAGCGGCAGCCUCUGGGCGCAAAGGGAGCGGAGGCUCGGGCGGCGGCGCUGGAGGGAGCCUGAUGCCCGUCGCUGGCCGGGACUUGGCAGGAGGCGGCGGCGGCGGCGGCGAGGAGGAGGAGGAGGAGGUCCGGCGCCCCCUCCCCGAGUGCUGCUGGGUCUGGCUCCGCGGCUGCCGGCCUCUGAUUGGAUAAGGGCCCGGCGGCGGCGGCGGCGCGUGGGACUGCGGGGCCGCGGCGAGGGCUCGGCGGGAACCAUGGGCUUUUGCAGCGGCAGGUGCAGCCUCAUCUUCCUCUGUGGCAUGCAACUGGUGUGUGUGCUGGAGAGACAGAUAUUUGAUUUCCUUGGUUAUCAGUGGGCACCAAUCCUGGCAAAUUUUGUACACAUUAUUAUAGUCAUACUUGGCUUAUUUGGAACCAUCCAGUAUAGACCUCGCUACAUAACAGGGUAUGCUGCCUGGUUAGUCCUGUGGGUUACAUGGAACGUAUUUAUUAUCUGCUUCUACUUGGAGGCUGGGGACUUAUCAAAGGAAACAGAUCUUAUUCUGACUUUCAACAUCUCAAUGCACCGAUCAUGGUGGAUGGAGAAUGGGCCAGGCUGCACCGUGACAUCGGUGACGCCAGCCCCAGACUGGGCUCCAGAAGAUCAUCGCUACAUCACUGUCUCAGGGUGUGUUCUUGAAUACCAGUAUAUAGAAGUGGCUCAUAGUUCUCUACAAAUCUUCCUUGCACUGGCAGGAUUCAUCUACGCCUGUUAUGUUGUGAAAUGUAUCACCGAAGAAGAGGACAGCUCUGAAUAUCCGGUGAUGGGAGGAAGAAUGGCCUACUGGCUCCCCGGAGCAAACCAGAUUGAUUUCAUAGGUGGAUUUGAUUCGUAUGGCUAUCAGGGCCCACAGAAGACAUCUCAUUUACAGCUACAGCCUAUGUACAUGUCAAAAUAAAAACAACAAGGUCUGGAGUUGGGCUGAAAGACCAGUCAAGGGUCAGAGUCUGGCGUGAACUUCUGUGGAUUUUAAAAGACUUCUGUUUUAAUCAAUAACAGAACAAGAAGAUGCAGAAGCGGAGGCUUUGGUUUCUGAUGAAUAUGGACACCAUUGCACAAUAUCCCUUCUCUCCCAGCUUGGAUAUUCCAAAUCCAUAUACAGAAGAUUCAAACAAAGAAGCAGUGGCACCAUCUUCUGGCCACUGCCUACCUU